AUGGCGAUCGACGACCAAGUUGCAUCGGAUGAGCGGACUCCGCUGCUCCUGGAUGGCGACCACCCGCUCCCCAAGCUGCAGAUCUUUCUCCUCUGCUGGGGUGCAAUCGUCGAACCCAUCGCGUUCUUCAGCAUCUUCCCGUUCAUCAACCAGAUGAUCUUCGAAACGGGCGGGGUGGACGAGGCGAGCGUCGGAUUCCUGAGCGGGGUGAUUGAGAGUAUCUUCAGUCUCACUCAGACCGUGUUCAUGCUUCUCUGGGGCCGCGCUGCCGAUCGGUACGGCCGCAAGCCUGUGCUUGUCAUCUCACUCGCCGGUGUCACAGUUGCUAGCACAUUCUUCGGCUUCUCACAAACGGUAUGGCAAAUGAUUGUACUUAGGAGUGUGGCCGGUGUUUUUGCUGGGAUCACCGUCACCGUGAGAACUAUGAUCUCCGAAAACUCGACGCCAAAGAACCAAGCGCGGGCAUUUUCCUUCUUCGCCUUUGCGACCAACCUAGGUAUUUUCGUUGGCCCCCUCAUCGGGGGUGCGCUUUCAAAGCCUUGUACCCAAUACCCGACCGUUUUCGGAAAUUUUGCCCUAUUCGAGCAAUACCCAUAUCUCUUGCCUUGUAUCGCAGCGGGUGCCAUGUCCGGAGUGGGUGCCCUUUUGUCCGUCUUGUUCCUCAAGGAAACGCGACCUAUUCGGGACGGGAAGACGCACGACCACGCCACGAUUAUCCAACCUCCUCGAAUAAAGGAGAUCCUCGCCGCCCCUGGGGUAAUUCCCGUCAUCAUCAUCUAUCAAUACGCGCUCCUUCUCGGCAUAGCCUUCACUGCAGUCGCACCGAUCUUCUUCUACACCCCAAUUCCUCUCGGUGGGUUCGGCUACUCUCCCCCACAGAUAUCCCUGUUCCUUGCUGGCUGUGGCAUCUCCCAGGCCGUCUGGCUCCUCGUCGCUUUCCCCAUAUUCCAGCGCAAGUGGGGCACAGGGAACUUGCUCAGAGCUUGUGCAUGGGCGUGGCCGAUCUCGUUCUCCCUUUUCCCGCUGUUGAGCGCGCUCAUCCGGAACGGGCAGGAAACACUCUACUGGACUCUUGUCCCUGUUGCCGUGGUUGGACCGAGUGGUGUCAGCAUGGCUUUUACCGCUGUUCAGCUAGCCCUAAACGACAUCGCCCCCUCCCACUUAGCACUUGGUACGCUCAACGGCCUCGCUCUUUCCCUUAUGUCCGCUGUGAGGGCCGUUACUCCCGCCACGUUCGCUUCUAUAUUCGCUUUCGGUAUCAAACACCAGAUCCUUGCUGGGUACCUCGCUUGGGCUGUGAUGAUUGUGACUGCUGUCGGGUUCAUUGUGGUGUUGAGGUGGCUCCCGGAGAAGGCGGAAGGGAGACCGAUCCUAAAGAAACCACUAGACGAACAAGAUGCAUGA